UUUCUCUCCAUCUCUUCUGUCGCUCCUUCUCCAAAACGGUGUGAACGGCAGCUGCUUCUCCAUCCACAAACCACCACUACACCCCUCCUCUUUCUCUCUACGUGAGUGUGUGUGAGUGUGUGUGUGCAGGAAGAAGCAGCACCAAGGACGUCCUUCUUUUCCCAGCCCCAGGAGCCGGAGAUGCGAGGAGGGACAAGCAGUUCGAUUAGCUGUUGCCCGCUGCAGGAUAACUUCGCUGCAGCUCUCUGAUCCCUGUGUUUGGUGUGUGAGUGUGUGAGGAGGAUUUCAACCAGUCGCCGGACGGAGAUCUGGCCACAAAGGACUUCUACUUUUCCGUCACUAUUGAAUGUAACAUCGCUCGGACAAAGAAGGCAGGGAAUUAAAAGCCAUCAUCAUGAAUUUCGUAAUGAAACAAGCGUUGGGAGGGGCCACCAAAGACAUGGGCAAGAUGCUCGGUGGGGAGGGGGAGGAGAAGGAUCCUGACGCUGCGAAAAAAGAGGAAGAAAGGCAAGAAGCGCUGAGGCAACAGGAGGACGAGAGGAAGGGCAAGUACGCAAAGAUGGAGGCAGAGAGAGAAAACAUCCGACAGGGGAUCAGAGAUAAGUAUGGCAUCAAGAAGAAGGAGGAGAAGGAGGCGGAGGCAGCGGCUGCGAUGGAGCAGGCGUCCGAGGGCAGCCUCACCCGCCCGAAAAAGGCGGUGCCGACCGGCUGCGGAGACGAAGAGGAAGAGGAGAGCAUCGUGGACACGGUCAUGAAAUUCAUCCCGACCCCGCUCAUGGAUAUGUUCAAUAAGAAGUAACAGUGUUUUGGUGGAAAUGUGAUAACAAAUGUUCACAACACAACUGCCGUAUCCCUGCCCCGCUCAAAAUCUGCAGUCACUUCUCCACCCUUUCAAUUUUAAGUGUCCUGUAAAUGAGAACAUAGCAUUAGUUUACCCUUGAUUUUAAAUAGCUGAUCUCGGAUGGUGAUAUAUGCUUUUGAAUGUCAUCGUUACUGUAUUAGGAGAAUGUAACACCUACAGAGAUUUUUUAACUCAAGGGAAAUCUUCUGCCAUGUUUUCAAAAUGUCAGGCACUUCAAAACAAGAUCAGAUAUCACCCAUCAUCCACCCUUUUUGUUUGUAAAUAGCCUCGGGUUAUAAAAAAGAGAAUUAUAUAUGAGUGAAAUAUGACAUAACAAGAUCACUAAGAGUAUAAGCCAUAUUUUUAACUUUUAAGAAAUUAUCCAAAUCAUAUCAAAAUUUGAUUGAAUUUUCCUGUUCUGUUGUUCUUGCUAAUAUUUGAUACAUAUAGUGUAUAUAAAUACAUUUUUAUUAGUUCUCCGUUGUGAGGAUUCACCCCAUAUACUGUCCAAGGUGUAUCGUGAAUGUGGUACACUGCAAACAACACGUGUAAACGCAGAAAGUGAAGGAAUUCAUUUGAUAUGAGACUUUUUUCUUUUGGUUAUUUUUUGUUUAAGCAUGCAGUCAACUUUUGUGAAGUAAAGUACACAUUUGGAUACCAUUUCAUUUGUUUUAAUGAAGUGAAAUACAUUGAUAUUUGAGGCAAUAACUGGUUUUCCAUUGUUAUUCAAUUGACAUCUCAUCCACCAUGUACAGGAGGCGAUAAUUGACUCUGAAAUGUUCUUCCAUGGGAAAAACUAUAAAUGUUCUCCAUACAUGAUGUUUGUCUCAAAGCAGUGAGGAAAAUUAUAAAUGCACUUGUUUGUGUUUUUAAUGUCCCGUGGCUCGCUCUGCUUCUGCAGUAGGACGUGUACGUCUUAAACCAGGCUUUUUCAUUUAAUUUUGUUGACAUUUCCAUCAAUUUUUGUAAAAGAAGAAAUUUCACAAACUACGUUGUGAACACACUAUAUGUGAACAGACAGUGACAAUAGUGCAAUAUAUCGUUCGAAAUGAUGAAGUUGUGCUGUGUCCGUUAGUUGAACUGAUGGGAUUCGUGUCCCAAAUCAGCAAUGACAGACAAUCUUCAUUGUUGUGUGUUUUAAAAUUACUUCUAAAUGUGUUCGUUGGCAUUAAAAGGCACUAACGUGUCUGCAUAGUGACAGUGACGGCCCGUCCACACUACAGCUUCGACAGCUUCAAAAACGGUUUCCAACGCGUCUGCCCAUUCACUUUGAAUGGGGUGACGUCACUUUUCGCCGAACUGCAUUGUGGGAAGCAGAGCGGAGCUUUCCUGGCGUUUCAGGCUGCAAAAGUUGAGCAAUGUUCAACUUUUGAAGCUUCUGAAGCUUUCGGUGGAAGCGUCAGCCAAUCAAAUCAUAUGCCAGUACAAGCUCUAGCCAAUCAAACCGCUGCUUGUGUGUCAGGGGCGGGAGAUUCAUGUGAAUGGUUGUUGGUCGAGCUUCAGACACGCCCAGCUCCAAGCUUUUUUUGAAGCUGUAGUGUGGACGGGCCGUAAAGCCUUUUAGAGUUGACAUAUUUGAUUAAAAAAGAGAAUGGGGGGAAGGUGGGAUGAUUUGUUUCGUGUCGUAAAAAAAAUGUUUAGUCACAUAUUAAAGAAUGCUGAACACAAGCAGGAUCUGUGCCACUCAGGCAGAAAUAAACAAUACACAAAAAAUACUUUAGAUGAAAUAACGAGGGGCUUUAUAAAGAAAACUUUUGCAAGAAAGCGUCAUGACCGUACAAUAGAAAAUGUUUACAGUACCUAAGUCCAGUCUGUCCUGCUGAUAAAUGGCACACAUUUAAAGGGGGGAUAAAAUGAAAAUGUUUAUCCAUUUGCCUUGUUUUUUAUUUAUCCUUCAUUCCACGGUGUCUUGUUAAAACAUUCCAGAUAUUUCUGACAUUCCUCCAGACUCGUUCUGGUACCACAGAUAUUUACAGUAGACCCCAGUCGAUGCCUUGGUUAGCCUACAUCAUGAUGACACAAAAACAUGGAUGUUGUUAUAACCUGAAAUAUAGUCACUAGAAUGAAUCAAAUAUUAGAUUCAUGACUCGACCAAGUCAAGCCGCAACGUACAGAAAAACAAUCCCACUUGAAGUUUAAGGGAAAGCGUAAAUGUGCUAUUAGCAGAGAUCAGUUUUGUGGAACAACUUUAUUAGAAAAUGCUUUUGUGAUUCACAUGAGCACAGUAGCCGUGAUUUAAGGUUUUAUAAAUCAGCUUUUUUGCCACAUUAUCACUGUUUUUAUUCAGCAAGCUAAACAUAACACUGAACUUGUGCAUUCCUGUGGCAUAGACGAGGGAAACGUAGCUUUUUUUAACGCUUUGUGAUCUCUGUAAUCGUGUUGAAAAUAUAAAAAAAACAUCCAAGGUCUCCUAUACGGCACAUUUAUUGAACUUCUUGUGAUUUUAUUGUACUUGUAAACUGCCUUUGCUAGCAUCCGUUCAGUGCGUUAGCAGCUAGUUGGUGCCCGAUUGUUGUUAGCGGUUUUGAAAUCAAACAUCAACCACAUUCCCAUUAUCAGAGCAGUUCUCCAAUCAAACCAAAGAAUAGUACUGGUAGUAGUAGAUUUAGUCAAGAGGUUGCAUUUUAUUUAUUUUUGUUUAAUUCUCAGGUACUUUAGCAUAGACAUAACCAUGACUAGCCUUCUGUUAGCAUAAUUAGCCUUGAACUCUAAUUUCAUUGCCAGGGGUUUCACAAGCCUACACAAACCGUUUAUUUAUGAAUGAUCUCUCUUUUGUUUGACCCGAGAAUAUUCCAGAAAGCUAAGAUAACUGCCCAGUUAACCCAAGUAGAGGACUUUCCAAGUGACACAACGUUUAACAUUAUCAGUGUGCAUUUCUUCAGGCCACCAAAGAGUCUUUUCCAAACUGGUGUGCUUUGAAGUUAGCUCACACGUUGCAUCUCAUACACCUACGCCAUCACAAACCUUGUAAAUGCCAAUUGAUUGCGCUCUUAAUGGCUUAUACAUCCCAAAUCAACUGCCCAAGUCAUGCGUGAUCAAUAUGUAGUCGUCCAGUGUCAGAAAUCCACAUCAAUGUUUGUUUGUGCCGCUCAUACAGCCAUUAAUAUAAUUAAAAACUGCCUGUAAUAUAUGAAAAAAUUACUCCUUUGAUGUGACUUGAAUGUAACUGUCUGAUGUUUCUCUCUCCUUGCAUCUGUCUUUCUCUGUUUUGUACGUGUUAAGAAGAUGCUUACUCUUGUGAAGUAUUUUUCCUUUUCCUUGUCUGUAACCGGUCCUGUUUCCGUCCUCUGGUGGUUGUUAUUUUUGUAUAAAGAUCAUUUGAGUUGGUGAAUUCUUUUUGAACUGCGAACAUCUUCUCACCCUUCUCCCUCCCUCUCUCCCACCCUCCCUAUUUGUUGACAAAAUGUAUGCAUGCUUAUGGUGUGCGAUGUAGGCAAGGUCGUUGAUGAUCGUUUUGUGUCUUCUCUGUGUUUCAAAGCUCCACCUGUAAGCCUCACUGCAUGCCGUUUAGACAGAUAUUUCAGUCUGUAACUUUCCUGCAAAAGUGGAAUCACCGCACACUCUGAGAAUAAAGUGAUUUCAUAUAAUUUUU